AUGAUGAAUGGUGGAAGGGGAGGCAGACCACGGUCAAGAGAACGCAACCCUGCUAGACGACCAAACACCCGGACAGAGGUGGAGGAUUUCAAGAAACCAGACUUUCCCUCCCUUAAAGGCGCACCUAGUACGAAACGGCAGUAUACAUAUGGAGCUGCAGAGGAACCUCGCCGCCUCAGCGUGGACGGCAUGCCAGCCACCCUUCAGGAUGCUAUGAAUGGUGUUCUUCAGAGGCAGCAACGUCAGGAGGCUGAGGAGGCUGCGGAUCUGCAACGUCAUGGACAAUACUUGAAGCCUCAAGUCACUCGUCGACAAAACCCGGCGAGAGAAGCCGACGAGUCGGAAUCCGGAUCAGACGUCGGGUCUAAUCAACCAUCACGUGGCCGGGACAACAGCAAGUAUAGACAGGGAUUGAAGUCUGCCAUGGCGAAACUCGCAAAACCAAGUAACACAGCAAAAGUAGCCUUUGAUCGAACGUUCAGUCAGCCAGCAUCUGAGGAUGAGGACGACGACGAGGAGGAUGGAGAGCUCACUCCCGAUGAAAGUGAUGUUUCCGAUUCGCGGAGUUUCAACGCCGAGCGUGAUUAUUUUGGGCAUGCUACGUUGAGGUUAUCGCCAAUGCCGCCGCCACAAGCCGUCAAACCAAUUUCAUUGUCCAGCUCGACAAGGUCAUCCACUCUAUCGGGUCGAUCCGUGUCGACCAAUGACCAACAUGAGCAGGCUACGCCAAAUCGAAUCAUCGAAGCCCCAAGUAAAGCUUGGAGUGCCGUCAAGAGCCUCCUAGGGGGAAGGGUUUCUGCGCCUGUCAGUCCACCGGAAUCAGACACGCAGCUAAGUCAAGGGACUAGCACCACCAGACUUCAAGAACAGAGCCAAUCCACAGCAAGAAUGCGUAUCCCCAAGGCACCGACUAUUGUGGCCCCAGCAAAUCAACUCCGAGGCAAGGAACAGCGGACGGUAAUUCCUCGAAGUAGCACUAUCAUAAAUCGUCUGUCUCCCCUUGCCGCUACCCGGCGGCCAGGCAAACCUCUCCUCAGUCAACAAGACUCUCCUUUUCCCACAGAUCACAGCGAAAUGGACGACGCCAUGCAAGACACUAUUCGAGAGACUGAAAGCCGAGUUUCGCGCCAAGAGAAAUGGUGGCGCAUUCUCGCGUCCCUCUUCCCAUUUACUUCUAGGCGGCAACCUCAGCAAAGCCAUGUUCCAAACGGAGAGAUCAACUCUCCCGUGUCUUCUGAUUUCGACUCUGACCUCGAUUCGGAACUCGAUUCAGAUCUCACCGACGAGUCCAUCAACUGGCAACAGCUGUUCAAUCCACUCACAUAUCUGCGGGCCAUUUAUUGGUUUUUCAGCACCGCCCUAGAAAGCGUCGUCAACUCCUUCUUCGGUCUCUUCUCAGACUCUCUGCGAGACCGACUAAUGCUCAUUGGCGAGGCGCUGAUAUACACCAUUAGUGGCUUUUCUUUCUGUUCCCUCGGUCUCAAUACCAACCUUGCCAAGGUUCGAUGA